CCACGGGAGAAGCCAUCACACUGACCCCGGACACGUCGGAGAUGAUCGCGGUGAGAGCCGCCACCCUGCUGCUGCUGCUCGGCUGCUGCGCCGGGGGAGGGAAGGAGCCCCCCCCCGCGGUGAGGGUGUACUACGUAGCGGCGGUAGAAGUCGGAUGGGACUACGUCCACCUGGACGGGACCGACCCGGCAGCUUCCGAACAGAGAUUCAAAGAUCCUCCUCAAAAGUACGUCAAGGCAAUAUACAGGGAGUACACAGACUCAACAUACACGGUCCCUAAACCAAGGCCGGCAUGGACAGGUAUUCAAGGUCCAGCAAUCGUCGCCCAGGCUGGUGAGAGGGUGGUGGUCCACUUCAAAAACCUGGCCUCUCAGCCCUACAGUAUCAGCCCGGUGGGCAUCACCUACUGGAAGCAGUCGGAAGGAGCCGGCUACGAUGACUCCACAGCGGGCCACGAGAAGGAGGAUGAUGCCGUCUCUCCCGGAGGCUACUACGAGUAUGUGUGGGACAUAAGCCCCAAAGACGGUCCCACCGCCAGUGACCCAGAGUGCCUCACCUACUCCUACUCAUCCCAGGUGGACACGGUCCGAGAUUUAAACUCGGGACUCAUCGGUGCCUUGCUCAUCUGCCAAAAAAGUGCCUUCAAAACUGACGGCCAGCGGAGAAACCCGGCGUUUGUCCUCCUGUUUGUAGUGUUCGAUGAGACCAAGAGCUGGUAUGGGGAGGUAGGAGAAAGGAAGAACAGGGAGAAGUUCAAGAAAAGCAUCGGCAGAAAGGAAUACCACACCAUCAACGGAUACGUCAACGGCACGUUACCCGGUUUGACCAUGUGUCAGGGCCGCGAUCGUGUGAUGUGGCAUCUGAUUGGGAUGGGCACAGCUCCAGAAAUCCACUCCAUUCAGUUCCAGGAUCACACCUUGCGGGUGUUGGACAAUCGUAAAACCACCGUUGAGGUGACCCCCAUGUCGUUCAUCACCGCAGAAAUGAGACCUGCUACUAUGGGGCGCUUCCUCAUGAGCUGUCAGAUCCACGCUCACCGCCACUAUGGCAUGGAGGCAUUUUUCACGGUGGAGAAGUGCACCGACCCCGUGGUUGUGCCGGGACCCGACCUGCGUAACGCCAAACACGAGGAUCAUGUGGAUGACAGCGACUACAACAAUGACGACGGCGAGAAUUUGUUCAACACCGUACACUUUCUGUCUAAACCACAAGUGCAAGCGCGGGCGAGCGGAGGACAGCCACGGGGGUGGCGGCAUUACAUCGCUGUUGAAGAGGUCAUCUGGGACUACAACUUUCAUCUGAAGCCCACAGUCAGUGAGGCGCAAUCGGGACAUUUGGUCACACCUCCCCAUCACCUGGGCUACAAAUAUAAAAAGGCCGUCUACGUGGAAUACACAGAUGGAUCUUUCGCUCAGAGGAAGGACCCUGCCAGGACAAUGCUGGGUCCACUUCUGAAAGGAAAAGUCAACGAUCAAAUACAAAUCACUUUCAGAAACCUGGCUAGUCGUCCGUUCAACAUCUACCCCAAUGGCCUCAGCAAGAUCUUUCCACUGUUCAAAUCUGCAAACGCUGCCGAGAAGGACCUGCGCUCCAUGGGAGUGCCCCCCAACGGGACGUUUAGCUACGUUUGGAGCCUAACAACAGACGAUGGACCCUUGGAGGGAGACCCCGGGUGCCUGACCCAGCUCUAUCAGAGCACUGUCUCUCUCGAGAGGGACUUGGCCUCCGGGCUGGUGGGCACCUUGCUCAUCUGCAAGCACAGCACCAUCGACACCAGAGGACGUCUGUUGGGCCCAGAUAAAGAAUGGAGCCUAAUAUUUGCUGUGUUUGAUGAGAACAGAAGUUGGUACUUUAACGAAAACAUGCAGAAAUCCAGCCAAAACAUCACAGACCCUGGAUUCUACAGCUCCAAUGUCAUUUACAGUAUAAAUGGCGGCAUGUUUGGCGGGCGACAGUUUGUGUCGUCUAAAAGUGACGUGGCUUUCUGGCAUGUGGCCAAUGUGGGCACUCAGAGUGACUUCCUCUCUGUUUACUUCACGGGAAACCUCUUUAAGUACCAAGGCCUUUACCAGUCUGUCCUCACCCUCUUCCCCAUGACAGGGGUGACCGUUCCCAUGGAAACCGAGCUGAUGGGUGAGUGGGAGAUCAGUGCCUACGAUGGCCACCUCAGGAGCAUGGGGAUGAGCAUCCGUUACAGCGUACUCCAAAGUGACGAUGGAGACAGAGUUGAUCGUGAUGGGAUUCCAGAGGAUUUGUUUGAAUAUAUCGAUCAGAGAGAUCUGCAGCCGAGGGGCAGAAGACAUCGAAAUCACACAGCGUUGGUUCCAGUUCCAGUGUGUAAGAAUUCCCUCGCUAAUAACAGCACUCAACCCUUAAACACUACCAACCAAAACGGCACUUGCGAUCAAACUGAGGGGAGUGGGGAUGAAGUACAGGGAGGAAUCCCACAGGAUAUCUUGCAGGAAAUAGAGAGGGAUGGGGAGCUGACAGAUUCCCAGAAUGGAAAUGAACCUGGAAGAGAGGGAGGUGGCAGGCGGAGGAGACAAGCAGAAGGCAACUGGACGGAUGUAGAUCUCAGUUCUGGAGCUUCAGGAUACAGAGGACCGGCGGUAGAGAUUGGAGAAGACGCUGUGAAUAGGACUGAGGCAGCUGGAAAGGCAAAAGCCGAAAAAACGAACAAAGCGCCAACAGUGAACAAUGAAACUAAUGGAGAGCCGAAAGACGGCAACGAGAUCUUACAAGAAAGCGAUGCACAACUGAAAGACAGGGACUCACCUGUGAGGCUAACCAAUUCAGAAGAGAUGGAUCAAAACUUAGUCCCACAAAGCCCCAUCUGGUCUGAGCCUGAACAAUUGACAGAUCUGCCUCACCCAGAAUACAUCCGCACUGUUGACAACAACAUCACAACGGGGAUCGAUAUGUCCCUCGAGUAUGAUGACUACAACCACGAGGUGAACGCUGCAACAGAUGAAGUCGCUACAGAUUACUUGGACCUGCGCUCCGGGACGACCAGAUAUCUUCAGCACUAUAUUGCUGCUGAGGAGAUCAGCUGGGACUACGGCAUCAGGAAGCCUCAACAGCUCAUCAGACCCAAAGAGAUGCGUCGAGGGAUGAGGAAGUUCUUGCCACGGUACAAGAAGGUGGUUUUUCGAGCCUACAGCGAUAAAGACUUCUUACUUCCUCUAGACAGAGGAGAGCCCCAGGAACACCUGGGAAUCAUGGGACCUUUCAUUAGAGCUGAGAUAAAUGACUUCCUCACUGUGGUCUUCAAGAACAAGGCAUCCAGGCCUUACUCCUUUCACCUUCAGGGGGUCUAUGACCUCAGCCAAGGGGCCGGCAGCGAUCAAACCCAUGGCCCCUCUGCUCCACCCGGGGUCCCAGGAGAGCCGGUGGCCCCUGGGGAGGCUCGGACGUAUAACUGGAGAGUAACCAAGAAACAAGGACCAAGCGACAGUGAAUUUGACUGCAAGACCGGGGCUUACUACUCCACUGUUGAUAAGGAGAAGGACCUUAAUUCGGGUCUGAUUGGUCCACUAGUGAUCUGUAAGCCCGGUACCCUCCGUACUCGUCAGAACACGCAGCCAAACGUCGAGGAGUUUGCCCUCCUCUUCCACAGCUUUGAUGAAACUAAAAGCUGGUACCUUGAAGAGAACCUGCGGCUGCACUGUACUCCACCGUGUGUGGCCAACACUGAGGACCCCUGGUACCACGUCAGCAAUACAUUUGCAGCAAUCAAUGGUUAUGUGGCAGAGACAGUUCCUGGUCUGUUGGUGGCCCAACACCAGCUCGUCAGGUGGCAUCUGCUGAACGUUGGAAGUGAUGGAGAGUACCACGCUGUGCACUUCCAUGGGUUACCUUUCACUGUUCACACUGAAAAGGAACACCGCAUGGGCAUCUACAACCUCUUCCCUGGAGUGUUUGGCACGGUGGAGAUGAAACCACCCACCGUCGGCACGUGGCUGGUGGAGUGCACGAUAGGAGACUACCAGCUGGCCGGCAUGAGGGCUAAACUACUGGUCUAUAACCCACACUGUGUCGUUCCCCUGGGGAUGAAAUCAGGAAGGAUUGAAGAUUCCCAGAUCACUGCGUCAGAUCACACUGAUUACUGGGAGCCGAGGCUGGCGAGGCUGGAGCAGUCGGGUUACAUCAAUGCCUGGAUCGGCACAAACAACAUGUCGUGGCUACAAGUCGACCUCCUCCGGCCCACCCUGUUGCACGGUUUGCAGACGCAGGGCGUCAGGUCCAAGCUGAGGGACAACUACAUCACGUCCUUCCACAUCUCCUACAGCCUGGACCAAGACACCUGGACCACUUACAGAGGAAACAGAACCAAGCAGAAAGGAGUCUUUUAUGGCUACAUGGACAGCUCCAAGGUGAAAAACAACCUCUUCUCUCCACCAUUUGUGGCUCGCUACAUCAGGAUUCUCCCCCGAGACUUUGUGCAAAGGCCGGCUCUCCGUCUGGAGCUGCUGGGAUGCGACCUCAACAGCUGCUCUCUUCCUCUCGGGCUGCAGAAGAAGAUAAUUCCUGACGACGGCCUCAGUGCGUCUUCCUUUCAUUCCUCUUUACUGAGUAGCUGGAGCCCGAGUCUCGCACGCCUCCACCUUGGAGGCAGGACCAACGCCUGGAGACCAAAGAACAACAACCCUCACGAAUGGCUGCAGGUUGAUUUGGGGACAGUGAAACGCAUCACAGGGGUCGUGACCCAAGGAGCGCGAUCACUGUUCUACCCUAUGAUGGUGACCGAGUUCUCAGUCACCGUCAGUCAUGAUGGUCACUCGUGGCGCAGUGUGCUGGAGGACGGCUCCCAGAGGGAAAAGAUCUUCACAGGAAACAGCGAUACGGACGAUGAAGCUCUCACCGUCUUUGACCCUCCUCUGUUCGGCCGUUACCUGCGCGUUCAUCCGCGGGGCUGGAUCAACGACAUCGCCCUCCGCCUGGAGGUCCUGGGCUGUGACACACAGCAGGAGCCCUGACCCUGACGAACCGGCAACACCACGCAGCGUCAUUUUAGUCAAGUCAAGCACUAGGGAGCUAUUUGUUUCCGUGGCCACAACUUUUUUUGCAUUUUGUCAUUUUUAUUUUGAAAAGAUCUUGCUUAACGUCAUUUAGAGAAGAACAUCUAACGUUGGUAAAAACCUAUUUUAAAGAUGUGCGUUUAGAACACAGCCGGAGUCUUUAAAACACAGCCGAAGCAACACAGAAGGCUGUUUGCUUUACUUUUACUUCAGAGAAAACCUUGAAUGUAAGCGUGUAUAAAUUUUGGAUGUAUAAAGUUGGUUGAGGUAUAUUGUCAUAUAUGUAUUUUUCUGCUUUUAUUAGAAUUUGUAUAAACAAUGAAUUGCAAAAAAGUU